AUGGGUCGAUGGCUACGUAGAAUGGUGCGGGGGCUUAGUCUCUGCGUGUACUAUCUGACGGGAUGGUUCAUUCUCAGACAACUCUGGGCAAAGCGGACGCCACCCAGAACCAUAGUCGAAGGAGCCGUCGUCAGACCCUUGGAUGCGGAAUCUGAAUCUGAAGUAGAGGUACAAGAUGACCCUUGUGAGGCCGUAUUAGUCGGUUUGGAACAUGGAGGCAAACCGAGAGCAUUGGCCACAGACCCAUGUGCAGAUCGGGCUAUCGGAGAGCCGGUCCGGCUCCUGGAGAGGGACAGAGAACUCUCUGACGUCAAAAGGAGAUCCUCCGUCAGGCUUUGCGACCAUCAUCGGCAGCUCUACGUGGCGGCAUGUUCAAGCCGAAAAUGCAGCGUGUUGGCUUGCUACGAACAGGUUGAUGGUGCCAAACAGGGAGUUCCCCUCUGCAAGCACCACCUGACGGACCUUGGUGGUUGUGCUCGCCCUACCCGCAGGGUUAGCUGGACACAUGAGAGAGAUAGCUCCAUUGCACGAUCCGAGGCAUCUAUGUCCGAAGGAGAAUGCCUCACCCCUGCACGAAGAAGCCGCCGGAUCAUCUUUGACGGCGCUGAACGACUUGGGCCCAGGGCUGCUUCGGCCGAUCCUAGUGAAUCCCAGAAGAAGAUUGAAGGCAAGCUUGAGAAGGGCCCGUGCAUGGUGCUCCUCAGACCAAAGUCAUUACAAACCGCGGAGGCCCCACCCAGGUGGACUGCAUGGUUGGGGCGCAUCGAGGGGUUCGCCGAAGAAGGGCGCAGCCAGGAGCUGCUCGAAGUCCACAUCCCUUCCUUGAAGCAAACGUGUGUGAUCCACAGAAGGCUGUUGAAAGGGUCCCCUCGAGACAACGGGGCGGGUCGAAUUAGUAAGCAUUGGGUGCAGAAGUUCCUUCAGCAUACCCAUGACGAAGAAGUCGGCCAAGGGAUAUCGGUCUUGGUCGCGCGCCUGUCCGAAGACCAAGCAGCGGCCCUGAAUGGGAGACUCUACCGGGAGAUCCUCCCACAUGCUGAUGCAUAUUUGCGUGAAGAAGCUGAGAUGUCCGACGACUUUAUGACACCGCCAAAGCCGAAAGUCGAGCUGGAAGAGGGUGCGGGACCGGCGAUUCCACCCUUCCCAGACCUAGAUGAUUCAGAUCGCCAGGGAAGAAUGGAGGCGGCUCGAAGAGCUCUUGACCAGCACAUUGAGGGAGAGAUAGAUUCCGAAGUGUUGCAGACCGUGGCCACUGCCUUCGACCUAGAUCAUGAGCAACUGGCUCAGUCGAUGUAUGCGAGGAAUCACCGCCUUAGCUACUCGAAGCCAACGACACCACCAGGAUUGGGAGCCGACCAAAGCGAAAUGGAGUUUGCAAGAAGACCCGUGACGGCAACUAUGCCAGGAGGAGUGACCGUAAAGCCAGCAGUCCCCCGGCCGGCGAAUCCACUUCUGCCGAGGAGCUCCUCCUCAAUCUCCCCGGUCCAGAGAGGUGGAUUGUCGCUCUUUCCCAAGGGGUCAGGCGGUCGAAACAGUCUCGUGAAACCAGCAUCGGAGCAGAUGCCGGAUGGCAGAGCAGGAGCCACGUUCGGAGAAGCCCUCGGAGACAGCACACAAGUCCAGAGCGCGGACCGCAUCAUUCACGCCAUCGACGGUCUGAGAAGAGCACAGGAUGACGACAAAAACCUCACGAAAGGGACCUUGAGUUCUAUCAAAGAGGCGGAGAAGAUGGACGUCUUCCUGGCACGAGGCUGUGGCACCCUGACCGUUGAACUCGCACCGGGAGUGUACGGGAAGGAACUUUUCCACGCGGGGAAAAGGGUGGCAAAUCACGCUCGCCAUAUGCUGCACUUGAUCAAAUGGCCGGUGCUGAUGACCAACAGGGUCCUACUUGGCAUCGCUGGUCUGUGGUGGGGUGGCAAAGACACACGCAAGUACGCGGAAAACUCAGUUCGUGUGUUUGGAUCCUGCUAUGGUACAGAGCAUAUCCAAGAAAGGCUCGAUUGUCUCCAAGCCCUGAAGGAGGCCCAUGAAGAAGACGAGCAUGCCUUCCCAGCUGCCUACUGCAUCGAGCUCUUUGAGGAACUUGUCGCGGCUUGGUGCGAAGAACUGCGAGAAAGCAGAAGGAAACUCUGCUCUCUGCUGGGGACCGAAAAUCCACGGCUUGAAGACCUGAAGCUGCUAGCUUUGGCGCCGGGAGCGGAUGGGCAAGCAAACUUCCAGUUUCCAAGCAUAUGGGAUCUGGGCGACCCGAACGGAUAUUACCAGACAGUUGUGGUACCCAGGCAGCAAAGGCAAAUGUCGAGGCUGCUCCACAAGCAGCUGCACGACCACAACCUCAAGCAGAAGAAGACAGCUGGUCCAGCUGAAGAUGAAGAGUCAAGGACAGGGAAAGCCCCAAAGCUUAACCUGAAAGACAAAGAGGCCGAUGGAUAUGCGGGCGGCAGCAUGAAAUCAGCCUACCCAGCUGGAAAACGGCUUACACAAGGAGAAGCUUCACGGUCCGUGGAGCACGCACCUAAGGAUCCCAAGACCAACAAACCUAUCUGCUGGGAUGCGGCCACACACAUGGGAUGCACAAGAGGCGACAAGUGCCAGCACGCGCACGAGCCUUUGCCGGGAUUGGCCAAACUUGACUACACAGUUGCCAUGCAGGUCAUUCGAAGAGGAGGACUCAAAGGUGGGCCGAAAAUCGAUCCCAAAGAGGUCGACGGAAGGGUCGCUCAGCUGCGAACCCAGGCAGCGGCGGAUAAGGCCGACAAGAUCCAACCUAGCAAGAAAGCGAAAGUCAAGCCCAAGCCAAAGGCCAAAGCUGGGAAGGAAGCUGAGGGUAAAGCUGAAGAAGACAAGGUUGGGAACACCCAGUGGGUCGCACCUGAAGACUAUGAUAUCCCUCUGACCCAUCUCGAGACUGACUUGCAAGAGGCGGUUCAGGGCCCAGAUGAGGGCUGGCUGCGAAUACCCUCACAACCCACUGAGCAAGAAGCCGCUCCGGCUUGGGAUGACCAGAGCCAAGAGGAGCGGGAAAGGCUGAAACGAUGGAAGUCGCUGGAGGAGAAAGGGGUUCUGGCGGCCUUGGAGUCGCCCACGGAUUAUCUCAGGUCCCAUGUGAUUGCACGCGUGAUGGCAGCACAAGAUGAAGGAUAUGAACUGGAGCUGAACCGGUGUCUCGAAGAUGCGGCAGAACAUGGACAUCCCGCGCUCUCUAAGGAAGCCGGACGUCAACUUGAGCUCCUCAAGCACGAGCCAAAAGCGGGUCACCAAGCGGAUGUCGAAUUUACGCCCAUCACAUGGGACGAGGGUAUUGGUCAUGGCCUGUUGAACUUUCAAGGAAACUUGUCGCAUAUCGGCUCAGUCACGGUCCGUGACUACCAGGAUCGCUUGAACGCAAAAGACAGCGAGGUCCCACUGCAAGACGGGCAGUUGGAAGAAGAGCGCCAAUGCCUGCCUCUUCAUGUGGGUGUCGGGUUAGCGUUGGCCGAUGAUCCAUCUGUAGAACUACGAGAGGCCGUAGCCAGAGCCAACCAGUUGAGAAAACAUCUCUGGGAUGAAGCAGUGGAGGCUCACGCACACCUUGGCGAUCCGCCAGCGUGGAUACCUGAGGGCGAGCACUUCUCGCGUCAAAACGUCCAUGAUUGCCUCUUUCCUCACCACGAGAAAGACUACCGCGCCUUGCAAACCCUCACAGGAUCCAUGCUGCAAGGAUACACGUUGGCGGUCCUCAGGAUUUCCUAUUUUGGUCGGUUGGAGGUCGACUUGCUCCACGGAGAUGAUGCUGGCAAUGGGAAGCUAGUUUUCGUUACCAUCCACCGGGGGCAUAUGACUGCAGACAAGGUCACCAGGGAACUUCAGGUUGAACAUUGGAGGGUGAUCUUGGACCAGAGCAAAGGGGAGGAUCAGAUGGUUCCAGCCAAGUCCCCCGCCUGCACAAGAUGCCAGCAACAGCAGCAAAGGCCUUAUCGUGUUGGUGAAGGAUUCCCGUUGCCACCGGCUUCAUUUGAGUCCUGCUUGCAGGAUGAUCCACAGGCUCUUCAAAACAGCGGUGUGCCUCUGCGAAAAAGGCUCGCCUUCGCCUAUGGGCCAAUUGGUCAAGAGGUGUACGCUGGAUGGGCAGGAUGGACCAAGGGGCUUCAGUACCAGGGGAUCCCGUGCGGAGAACCCAUUGAAUACUAUGAGGACCCGAUCGAGCAAAAGGGCUUUAAGCCGCAGCAUGAUACCCGUGACCCGAAGGUCCGAGAACGAUUGCUGGGAUUAGCUGGUGCUCCACCAGGGCCCGAUGUCCCCAACACUUGGCAGCUUGGAGUCGUUUGUACUUCCUUCUGCGACCACCAGCUGAAGAACGGUGGCAGCAGGACCUGGCAACGCCCACAAGGCGACGGCACUCGUCCCUCUGAAGUUCAAGGAAAUGAAGACGCAGAGUUCGCAGCCGAACUUUGUACGGUUCUGGCGGACAACGGAAGAGUCUUCGCAUUGGAGAGUAGCGCGCCGUCGGGCCGCUACCCCAAGAUAUGGGACCUGCCUUGUAUGCAGAGGCUCCGCCGCCGCACCGGCGCAAAAAUUGUCUCUAUGGCUAUGUGCGCUUGGGGUCUGGGACCGCCUGAGACUGAGGAGGGCCUGUUUCAUCGCAAGCAUUCUUGGUGGCUGGUCUCCCCAGAACUCUACCCAUGGGCCUUGUUAUUCCUUGGUAGGCAGUGCCCAGGAGUCGGCCCGACUCACCAGCACGCACCCUUGAAGGGACCCAGUCCAAUUCCUCAAGUACCUCUCACUCGACUGGCACAGCAAUACGCACCAGCUUUGUGUGCAGCCUGGGGUCUGGUAGUCCGAGCAGCCUUUGAAGAAUGGAGCUGGACAACAUAUCUGCAAGAGCACAGCGUGCUCAAAGCCCUAGAGAAAUGUUGGACCGAACUGGACGCACCCCCUUGGCCGGCUGAUCCAGCCAAUACGUUGGAGCGAACCCUUGGCCAACAUUUGGCACCGGUGGGGCAGGGCACAAGGGCAGGCAGCGUCGACGACGCCAAUGGCCAAAGCACUGCUGAGAAAUACUUGGAGGUAUGCCAGAGUGCUUACAGCAAGGAGGCCGUGAGAAAAGCCACAGAGGCAGGAAAUGCGUUGUUGAGGGCCGCCGGCUCGGUGCCAAGAGCAGCUGAAUUAGUCAACAAAGCGAGGCUGAGGAAGUAUGGGGAACACUUCCAGAAGGCAAAGGAAGGAGCAUUGAAAGGGCUCAGCCCCCUACACGAGCAAUACUUGAAAGACUGUGUGCUCAAGGGCGUGCCCAGCCGAGCUAAGAGUACCCCCAAGAGAGAGAAGGCCCGAAACCACGGCUCCGUCACGGGGCACGAGGAAGAGAUGCUGCAGAAGGCAUGGAAAGACGCAUCUUAUGGGGCGGUACUUCUGUGUUCCACAGAGACCGAGGACCAAGAAGAAAAUCGGCAAAUCGACCAGAUACUGACCGAGAGCAAGGUGGCCGAGAGCCCUCUCGGCCGAGAGCCCUCUCGGCCGAGUGCCCAAGCAAAACCCCGACAGAACCAUCUCAGCGGAAGGCACAGAGCAGUGGUCAGGCAAAGCCUUUGGUGGAGGGUGCGACACCCGAAGGUUCCACAGAGGUGUGCGAAACGCGAUGUGCCAAGGGCUUUCAAGUGGCACUUCCUCAAGCCGGGCGAUGUCCCUGAAUUCUGCACGAGGAUUCUAGGUGUGCUGAUCCUGAGUCUGGUGAUGGUGUUCGGUUGGGUAGGAGCGCCAGGGGAGUUCGUGAUAUGGGCCACCGCAGCCCAAAAGCACCACGGGUCGUUCCGACCAUGCCAUCCUCAAUUCAACGAUGUGGUUCCCUACACCAGCCGAUGGCUGAUGGAUGACGGCGUGGUGGUAGAGCCACUAGUGGGGAAUAGGAUCCAGAGAUCCCUGUCAGCAAUGGAUGCAGCUAUGGUAUCAGUCUGGGGCCCUGGAGCCAUCAAUCUCGACAAGCUCGCCGAAGAAGGCACCCCGGCAAAAUCCCAGCUCCUGUGGGGCCUCCACCUAGACUUUGAAGAACAGGUUGUGGUCCUCCCGGAACCGAAGCGAAUAAAGGCGAAGUAUCUCCUAAGAGAGCCUCAGCUUCAAAGGGGGUGCCAACGAGUUCGUACCAAGCUGCUCCGAGAACUGGCAGGGACAGCGCAGUAUUGGGCCGUCUCCGCUCCGGAGAUUGCACCCUAUCUACCAGUCUUUUACAGGCUCCUGCAGCAGGAAGUAGGCGAUCAUGAAUGGGUGAAACCCAGGGGCUCCGAGAGUGAGCUAGAGGCUGCCUGGGCUGAGUUCUGGGAUGCGCUCGAUUGGGUUCGCCUCCAGAUGGAAAAGCCUUGGGGAACCAGUUUCAGAGCAGCUUUCGGCAAGCUCCUGCCGUUAAGGGAAAGGCUCGCACUCCCUGGCAUGGCCGCUUCGGCCCGAUUCGUUGGAGGAGAUGCCACGCUAACCAGGCUCGGAAGCACUGAUUGGAAGGAUAGAUGCUACCACAUGGCGGACAGCAGCAGAUACGUCAGGGCCGUGAGCGAAGUCGUAGGGGGCGGAGAUCACUUGGAGAUCAUCGGAGUGAUGGAGCUUCUGACGUUCAUUGUCCUGGCAGCGGCGCGGAAGGAAACCUGGCAGGGGCAACUGAUCCUUUAUGUGAGUGACAACAUGAAUGUCAAAGCAUGGUUACGUACCAGGCGCGCUUCAAACAGAUACGUGAGGGCGCUCUUGCUGCUGCUCCAGCGGCUCGAAGCGGAGAAUAGCUUCACUGUCGAUGGAGCGUACGUCCGUACCUACCACAAUACUCUCAACGACUGGCUGACAAGGGAGGAUGAAGACAAGGUCCAUGCGGAAAUGGAAAGCAGUGGCUGGACCCGCCUCGAGCUCAAUGAGGACUGGGAAGGACUCCUGCGAGAAGCCAUGCGCCCCACGUUGAAGCUACCAGGGGAGAAGGGCCCGAGUGCAGCUUUAGCCAUUCAGCUGGCCAACGAACAGCAAACCGUGCAUGCCUUCCCCGCCAAGAUCGAACCAAAGCCAUUCAAAGGGGGACUCCACCAAAUCCGGCUAGGGUCGGAACUACUGACGUUCGAGCUGGGGUGGGCCAAGGGCGGAGGAUCGAUCGCAAGCCAGGCGCAAGCUGACUGGAUCGUCUGUGUUCUCACUCAAGACCCAAAAGGGCGGGAGGCAGACAUCCUUCUAAAAACCCUCGCCAGAACUGAUUGGAGAGGACGACUUAUCGUUGACCAGCCCAGGGAGCUCUCUGAAACCAGCCGAAAUCGCCUGAUGCAGCUUCAGGUUCAAUGGGGUCAGGCACAAGUGGUCGACUAUCAGACUUCACACCACGGCAGCUUCUUUGCCAGGGCCAGAAGACUUUGGCUUUUUGGAGGAACGGCCGACGAAAAGGAGAGAGUUCAAGCAUGGCGAGUUGCACAAGUCAACGAGUGUCAGAUGUUACCUCUGCGAUCCGCAGAGGAGUCAGGAGGCACCCUGUUGGAAGAUGGGACGGGUCUGGUCCGUCCUCUCCUCCCAGAAGAGGUGUGGGAAAUGCAAGGGGGCCUCGCAGAGGAUUGGCGUUCCGCCGACUCGAAGAGAAAGGAUCGCAUGAUAGCAGCUGCAGUCCGGGAGCCAGGCUGGCAAGUGGCUAUGGGUCUCAUGCAGGCUCUGACUGGAACCGAUGGGAAGGCAGGAGUCCUGGACCCCGAUGAGAUCCAAGCCCACGAGCAACUAGAGGUCUGGCUGCGAGCGUGGGGGAGGAACCCGAAGGCUCCCUCUUCCGAGCUUUUCCUUACUUCGUGGAAAGAGCCACGUGUGGCAGUGGCACCCACUCAUGAGCUCGUGGGAGCGACAACCCAGGCGAAAGCAGGCGGAGGCAAACGCACCACCGUGAAGCCAGCACUCAGUGAAGUGGAGAG